UGCCAUCUAGCAGCGGCCGCUCCCUGGCAUGCCCCGGCGGGAAUCUCGCACCCGGGGCUGCCGGACAGGCCGACCCCGGCCGGGCACCCCGCCUGACGCAACCCGCGGCCCGCUUUGCCCCACGCGCGGCGCCGCGAAACCUCCCGCCCUCGUUGCAUCACCCGGGCGGGCGGGGCGGGGCGCCCGGCCCGGGCCGCCUUUAAAGCGCCGCGGCGGCCGAGCCGCCUCAGCGCCCGCAGCCGCAGCCCGACAUGAAGCGCGACCCGCAGCAGCCCGAGGAGAGCUCGGAGCCGCCGCCACGCCCGCCCCUCUCCUCCUGCUCGCCCUCGGGGCAGGCGGAGGGCGCGGAGCUGGCGGCGCCGCUGUGGAUCUUCGGGUACGGCUCGCUGGUGUGGAGGCCGGGCUUCGAGUUCACGUCGCGCAAGGUGGGCUUCAUCCGCGGCUACAGCCGCCGCUUCUGGCAGGGGGACACCUUCCACCGCGGCAGCGAGAAGACGCCCGGCCGGGUGGUGACGCUGCUGGAGGACUGCGGGGCAUGCACGUGGGGGGUAGCCUAUGAAGUCCGUGGGGAACAAAUUGCUGCAUCGCUCGAGUAUCUCAACAUGCGAGAAGCUGUCCUGGGAGGCUAUGACACCAAGCUGGUGAAGUUCCACCCUCAGGAGAAAGAUGCAGAGGAACCCAUCCUGGCUCUUGUUUACAUUGCAACACCCCAGAACCCUUCUUACCUUGGCCCAGCAUCUGAAGAAGACAUUGCAGCUCAAAUCAUUGUCUCGAGCGGUUGUGCUGGUCAUAACAUAGAGUACUUGCUGAGACUGGCAGACUUUAUGCGCUACUUCUGUCCUCAAGCAGAGGAUAAACAUCUCUUCUCCAUCGAAGAGGCUCUUAUUUCCAUCCUUCCCUGUCUAUACUACACAGAGGAGUCUCUAGAAGAAACUGCAAGUGUCCCUCAGAAGUCUAAGGGUUGAAAUAGGAGAUUUUUUUUUUGCAGGGUUCAGUAGAAGGAACAUAAGGGAGAAGAAAGCAGUGGGGACAAUCUUUAACUCUGACAAAAUAUACUGGACUGAGUGAAUAAAGGGAGAACUAGCAAGUAGAUGGGGAGGGAGAAGUGGAGAGUAAAAUGCUUGCUAUAGGACUUGCAGUUAGUACUUGUUACACUCCUUAUCUGUAGCAUCAUGAUACCCAUCACUGCUUUCCAGCUGAGGAGCUGGGAUCUUCACAGGAACUCUGCUCUGUAAGACUUGCUUCUGGGAGUCAAACCUGAGGCACUCAUUUUCUAUAGAGAAAGAGGCUCAUCUGUUCUGUGCACUUUCUCUUUUUUUCUUAUUUUUUUUUUCUUUGAAGACUAGUUGAGCAGGACUUGACUGGGUUUAAGCAGUAUAUAUCUAAUUCUACCUCAGAUUGGCAAAAAGCUGUGUGUGUGGUGGUGGAGACUUUGGCAGAUUCUGCCAAAUAAAACUUUUAUUUUUUUCCCCUGCCUUGUCCCACCUCCAAUACAAUGUCCUGACACUAAAUUUUAGAAUGUUUGUGCAAUAUAAAGUGAACAGGCCUCUUUAUGCUCUUGUGGAUCCUACUUCCUUAUGUUGUGAAGGAUCACAGCAAUGCACUUCUUUUCUAAAAUGUCAUACUGUAUUUAUUAUGUGAUACAUUUCCUCUCAGGAGGGGUAUCUAAACUACUCACAUGCCACAGUGGUAUGCAGCCCACACUCAACCUUGCAUUUGUGCCUUCUAGUUUAAAUCCGUUUUCUGAGGAGCUAAGCCUGCUUUAAUGACAAGCUUUUUUCCAAGCUUCACUGUCCUUGUGCUGCUCCAGACAUAACUGACUCUGUAAGAAAAGGUCCUGCCUGUGUGCAAAGCCUGUGCUGCCUGCAGGAAAGCAGGCAGGAUGCAGGAGAGUUUUAACUAACCCUGACCUGGAUAAACCUCUGGUGCUUCAGGAUGACGUGGGUUUCUCUAGAAGCAUUUGGGGGUUCUGGUUCCAUGCAGGGGUGUCUGUCUGGCACCUUCCAUUUGACUGCAGAGCACCACGAGUGAGCAGACUUGCAAGCCUGUGAGCUGCUGAAAAGCCUGCCUUGAUCAUGUUAAGCAGAGGCACUGCUGUGAGCUCAGACUUUUCAGCUUCACUUAUUAACAGCAUGAAAACCCACAGUAUUUUGUGAGAAAACUGCUGCUACUGCAACUGCAGCAAAACAGCUCUUGAGAGCUGACCCCUGGGACUGCUGGCUCCUCCCAAAUGCCAUGUGAUUUUUAAAUUAUGAAAAAGGCUAGGGACUGUUUGUAUUACUGUGGCUUGUAUGCAUAUGAAGUGGUAUGGUGCUGUGCCCAGUAAUAAAACAAACUGACAAAGUCAGUCUCAUGUA